AUGGUGCCUCUGGCCUCCCGUCGCCUCUCCCAGGCCCCGCCCACUGCUCACGUCUCACGUGAUAGGGAAGGACGGGGAGAGGGUGAUUCUCGGGCGGGCGCCUCAUUGGCCGGUUUGAAGCCCGAGGCCGAUCGGGCGUCUGCGGCCAUUGGUCGAGCUCCGGAGCGUCGACCUCCGGCCACGGGGCUGGCGAUUGGCCGCGCCGCUCACGCGGGGUGGGCCGGAGAGGAGCGCGGGGAGCCAUUGGCCAGGCGCUCUGAGGGAAGACGACGCGCCAUUGGCCGCCGGAGUGAGGCGGCCUUCACUGUGACAAUUUUACUCCUUGCAGGUCUAGACCAUGAACUGGCCUUUUCCAAGAUCAUAGUGGAAUUGCGCAAGAAGCAUCCAGGACACAUCCUGCCAGAUGAGGACUUGCAGUGGGUGUUUGUCAAUGCUGGCGGCUGGAUGGGUUCCAUGUGCUUGCUCCAUGCUUCGUUCUCUGAGUAUGUCCUGCUCUUUGGCACAGCUGUUGACACAGGAGGACACUCGGGGCGAUAUUGGGCUGAUAUUUACGACACAAUCAUUUCAGGGACAUUCCGUCAGUGGAAAGAGGGAACAACCAAAAGUGAAAUUUAUUACCCAGGAGACACCAUUGUGCACCAGUCUGGAGAAGCUACAUCAGUGCAGUGGAGCGCCGGCACGUGGAUGGUGGAGUACGGUCGGGGCUUCAUUCCGUCCACACUCCCCUUUGCUCUUGCUGAUACAGUCUUCAGCACUCAGGACUUCCUCACGCUCUUCUACACCGUGCGAGUUUAUGUCAAGGGGCUGCUCCUGGAAGCCAGCACCUACUUCAGUGACACGAGCCAGUGAGCACCUGUCCCUCAGCUCUCUUUCCGUUGCCCCCUUUGAAACAGAAGCAACGCCUCUCUCCUUCCCCCCAUUGGCUGUGUUGUCUUCUAGAGGACGCGGUGCAUCUCGUGUGCUCGCACUUGUUCACCUUGACGAGGGUGGGAGUGUGGUACGUGUUCCAACAAGUGUAGGAUGGAUCAAGCAGACUGCAUCCUAGUUCAUUAUCUCUUAAGGCCAGAAUGUGUUUCUCUCAUGUAGUUUUGUAAAUAUAUGCCCUCUGUCUUUGCCCUGCUCUAUGAUGCAAUUAUUGGACAUCUGCUAGAAGUAAGGAGAUCGAGCAUUUGAGAUGUCUGGGAAGGAGGUCAUGCAUAGAUGAGAAAGAGGGAGAGUAAUUCUUUUAACAUGUUUACAUGCACUAAGGAUGCCCUAAAAUCUAGUUCCCCCAAAAAAAGUUUGGAUGAUGCAUUUUCAGAUGGGGUGUGACUUGACAUCCCCCCAAAAUGAGGGGAGGCCGGCCAGCAGCAAAGUGUGGAAAAUGAAGCUCUCAGAAAGUAGAUCUUUGCCUUACUGUGUAUCACAGAUUAUAAAGAUUUCCUGGAGAAUUGCCUGUUUUCCCCACCUCUCUUUUGAACCCCGCUGAAUUUCCCAGUCGGAAUUAGUAUUGUCUUGCUGUGCUUCACUUGCUCUGUAGGCAUAAUAACCAAUUCCUAGAGCAUUGUGAGAAGCAAAAAGGACAACAGAUCUGGCCUCUCCCAAGUUGCAUUUUGUUUGUUCAGCAGGAAGGACUUGCCUGGUGUUUCUUCACCUGGAAAGAACAACCCACUCACCUCACGCCACCCCGUGAGGAGGUAUUGGAAAAGACCUCCCUGCUCUAUUUCUGGGAAGGCAAACAUGAUCCGGCUGUGUUUUUCUUGGCUCUCACUGCGUGAGGAUAUGCGAUUGCAGUUAAGCUCUUGGGAUCAGUACCUGCUGUGUGGGGUAGUUAGCUUUUAACUCUGUGUUUGCAACCUGAUCUUCCCUGUACCUUUUCAUGUUGGUGGACAGAUUUUCCUUCCUCUCUUUCACCAAAAUGGAUCGCACGUUCCUUGAGGACCUCAUCCAGUAAUGUUGAGCGCCACCUGUCAUCGCCUUAACUUAGAGCCUUACUCUGGUGGCCUCUUCAGCUAUGCACGCAUGUACAUACGUAUAUACCUCCUCGUGUCGAUGUAUCUGAUAUAGGAUGCCUGGUGAUAACUGUUUCCGGGGCUGCUUUUUGACAGCCCUGUGGCAAGAGUCUUGCGGGUUCAGUUGGUUUGGCACAUGCUUCUCUCAAAGCCCAUUUUUCUCUGGUCCCUGAUACAUCUGGGCUCAGAGUCUGAAUGUCCCCAUGUUUAGGCUGAAAGUUGAGAGGCAGGCCAAACCCAGAGGUAUCUUGGCAGGAGCAAUCACACUGAUUUGAAAAGGAUCAGAGCUUACUCGUGUUUGGCAUCAGUAAAAGCACCUCCUUGUUUCUCUCAAACAUCACUGCACUUGCCAGACACCUCUUGCUCCUCGUCCUGGCCUGCAAAUCGGCCCAUGAUAACUCUGGGUCUGUCUGGGUUUAAGGAUCUGAAAGAUUGUCCAGCUUUAGUCCAAGUGGCAUUUCCUUCCUAACAAAUACCCCUCUGUUCUCCUUUCAAGAAUUGUUUCCGCUGAAGAAAUCUUUCCUCCUCCUAAGCAGAAUCAUAGUUGUUGUGGAGGCAGACCCAGAAUAUUAAAAGGCUGAAAAUGCUCUGCUUGCCCUUUCCAGGUUUCAUUCUUGACAGAUAGCAGACCUUCUCGCUGAAGCUGUUCUGCUACGAGUCACUUGGUUUAAUUGCCAGCAGAGACCAGACAGCCAUCAUCUUCUAUUUUUCAAAUGGUGGAGAUGUUCCCUCAUCUUGGAACACUGUUUACAGCAGAUCCUUUCUCUCCUUCCUCUCCCCAUGAUUGGGCAUCCGUUCUGGGUACUUUUGUUUCUGGGGACUAGAUUUAGUUCCCACAAGUGUGGUUGGAACCAGAUGCUUGGCACGGCUUCUGGAGACAAGCAGUAGCUUUAGCAAUACAGUAGUUCCUCUCCAGCAGGAGAGGCUAAAAGAGUUCAGUUCGUGGGUGGCUGUCCCAGUCAGCAGCUGCCAGCAGCCCUAGGCCUUUCCAUCAACAACAGCAGAAUAUAGCAGACCACAUGGCCAGAGGAGCCCAAAGCAGUGGCUCCUUAUCAGCUGCGUUGACUGGUUGCAAACGCAACUCAAGGCACCAGUAUUCACCUCCCGAGGAAGAACCAUGUAGACGUGCCUUUGGGGACCAUCCGUUGUGGUAUAUUUGGUAUAGUUUGUCCAGAAGCCCUGGUGCGAGCAAGUAACUUGCCUGAUGGAUGUGAUGGGGGGGGGAGUUCUUAGAACACCCAAGGCCAGCUAAUGCCCCCUUCCAUCUGGCACUGUGCAGGGCAGGACUUUGUUUGGAACCGUAUUGGUGGACUGCAGGGAGUCAGCCCUGCUCCUGCCGGCCCUUUUUCUUCAGUGGGGGGGUGUGUGUGUGCUGCAAGGGCUAGCAUGGGUUGCCGAGCGCUGCCUCUUUUGCGCAGAAGCCUUGUAGCCAUCGGCCAAACGUGUGGCAUGUGUCUGGUUUUUCUCUGUUGCUACCAAUGUGUCUCAAUACACAUCUGAUCGUGGUCUUUUGUUUGUCAACCAGUGUUUGAGAAUAAAUCAGUGUGUAUGGCUGUUAACCAAAAAGAAAUAGAAUGGACCGUGACUGAG